AUGGAUGAACGCGACGGGGUCGAAUAUCCCGAACAACAAACUCAAUAUCGACAAUCAUUAUUGAAGAAGACUAAGAGUGAAAUUAAACACGAGAAAAAGAUGUCAAAAACAGAGAGUCGAUUCAAAUCGAAACUUGAAUCAUUAAAAAAACUACAACAUUCAGCAUCAACGAAUAGUGCGGUCGAAAAAGCACGAGCAUUUUUUCGUUCAUUAGAACUGAAACAUCAUGGCAGUAGCAGUAGUAAUGACCAAUCGUCAUCGGCAUCGCCUCGACGACGUCAUCUGACUACUGCUAACAAUAUUGAUCAUUCAACUUCAGGUAAAUUUCCUCCGCCUUCUUCAGUGUCAUCAUCAAGUUCGUCGUCAAUUAUUGACGAUAGUCAAAAUACGAUAUCAUUACCAACGACGACUGAUUCGUCGUUACCAAUUAAAAAUCCCACUGAUGGAAUUGCCACAGCAAGACUUAUUCGAGUGAUUAAUUCGAAUUAUUCCAAUUCCAAAGAUAUGAUCGUUCAUCGUGCCAUUUAUGAUGACCAACCACCAUAUUUUAGUCAUCAUUCCAUGUUAUACGAAAGAAAUUUUCCUUCACCUCAGCCAUUCUACAACGAAAGAAGUCAAAGCUAUUCGGUAUCUAUGGAAAAACAUCGAGAGGUUCAAGCAAAAUAUGACAUUCGUCCACUAUCACCUGUCUCAUCAAUGAAUUCUAAUAUAAUUUAUUCCAGUCAAAUCUACUGCAAUUCUCCCUCAUCAAUUGAACCAAUGGCGAUGAACGGAAACAUUACCAAUCAUCAAUUAUCAACUUCUCUAUAUAAUUAUCGACCAUUAGUGUGUCGUCAUAUUGAAUCUCCAACGUUAAUGUCUUCGUCAUUUCACGAACCGUCCGAUCGAAUUUCGGAUUCUAUAAUUCGGCCAUUACCUCCAUCGUCAUCAUCAUCAUCAUCAAUGUCAACGUGGAAUCAAAGUGUUCGCCGUCUUAAUAAUGAAUAUACUUCAACGAUCAAUGCUCUUCAACAAGCGAAAGAAUCACUAAAAGACAUCUGUCCCGAACAGAACAAUAAAAUAUCCAAGUACGCAAAUUUGGUUGCACGAGGAAUCGAUAACCUUUCCAAUAUCGAACCAAAGAAAUCGUUAGGCGUUACUUUUUGUCUCACUGCACCCAUGUCUUCACCGAAUUCAACGACAAACUCGUACGACGAGAACAAAUCGGUCACGUCAAGCAUGUUCUGCAAACCGAAACUCGUUCGUCCAUUAGAUUUGGACACAUUCGUUCCAUCGAUUACAUCUUUACCAAAAUUAGAACCUGUUUCAUCAAUUCCGGAAAAGAAUACGAAAGUCGACUCCAUCGCGAGUAUAAUCAAAAAGUUUAAUAACUUAAAUAAUUCACCAGUGUCAUUAAGAUCUCAAACGAUCGUCGAAAAUCAUGAAGAACCAUCAUUUUUAUCUCAAUUCACCAAGGAACAGCAACAACAAGUUUUACCAAAAAUCAUUGUCUUUGACUCCAUUCCAGCGAAAAAAGAUCGACCGAAUCUUCCUUCAUUGCCGUCAUUAACUGACUUAAGCCCAAGUUAUCCAGUUUCAUCUCCUCGAGUUCACUUCGAACCAUCGGUAACCACAUACGAAAUCGAAGAAAUUCCCUAUGAAUCUCCACCACCCCCGCUUCUCUCAUCUUCUUCUUCAUCGUCAACAUCCACAUCAAUAUCUGAAGAUUCAACAAGCAGUUCCUCGACUGAUGAAAAUCAAGUUUACGAAAAUAUUCGAUGCGACAAUAUCGUUCAAGAAGAAACAACAUACACAGUUGAAACAUUUUACAAAAGUACGCAUAACAAUGAAACGAAUAAGGCGAAUUUAAGCAAUCAACAAGUGGUUGUUAUUCGAGAAAAUACCACCGAAGAACAAUUUAAUUCCGCUCGGGAGAGAAUACGUGCAGAAAAAAGUCGCAUUCGCCAUAGUCCUUUGAAACAUACGUUUACAACGAAUGAAACCGAAGUUCCACCAUUAACAACACCUCUACUCACAUAUCUAAAUUUGACAGUCAAACAAGCAUCACCAACGAUCGAGACAAAAGACGAAGUUCACGAAAAUUACCAUUCCAUUGAGCCGUCAUCAGCAGCACAUAUUUCAAACAAUUUUAUCUCGUCUAUUUAUCGCACGGAAGAAAAUGAGACAAUAAAUGACGUCGUUACAAUCAACCCUCAUACACAUUCACCACCAUCUCAUCGUUUAAUCAGUAGUUCGUCAUCGAGUAGCACAGUAUCAUCUGCUUCAACUGUUCUUAUCAGUCAAAAGACGACUUCGGUCAAUUCAAACGCUCCCAACGGUAAUCUAACAAAAAACAACAAUAAAUCUGUUUCACAACUACCAAAACGUACUCUCAGCAAUACUCCCAAUACAACAAUAACAAACGCAUCGCGUUUGAAACAGCCAUUAAAAAAUGUUCCAACUUCAAGUAAACUGAAACCGCCUUCGUCAACAAUCAAAAAACCAUUGAAACCAACGAUUGCAAGUCAUAUGUCAUCAGUAACACCCUCGACGAUGGCAACAUCAUCAAUACGAAAACCAACAGGAAUAACGAAUCAAUCGUCAACGUUGCCGAAUAACGUCGUCAACAGAACUAUUCAACAACAGGUGUCAUUAACACCGUUAACUUCGACUGGAAAGAAACACAACUUAGUCAACGGAACUAAUAUGACUGAAUCACAAAAUCUCGCAGAAUCUUCGUCUUCUCUUGGUAAAAAUCGGGUGAGAUCGAUGGUGAAUCAAUUGAAUGCUGCUGUAUCAUCAACACGGCCAGUGGCUCCAGUAGCGAUUCCGACUAAACGAACGCCAUUGUUUUCAUCAGUGGUCAAUUCACGACAUUCAGCAUUGACCGAACCAUCAACAAGUCCACCACCAACACCAGCCAUUACAAAACCUACAAUAACCGCACCCAGUCGUCCAACACUUCAACGUGCGAUGACGAUCAAUAUGAAUCGAUCGGGAGCAACAUCGCCUCCAUCAACACCUUCGACAACCAAUAAUAAUAUCCCGUCAGCGUAUAAACGAAGAACACCUCUUGUUCGUUCUACAUCGAAUGUGAAAGAAGGCCUUCUUCGUUGGUGUCAAGCACAAGUUGCUAGUUAUCCUAAUGUUUCGGUUACUAAUCUCUCAUCAUCAUGGGCAGAUGGUUUAGCAUUUUGCGCCCUAACUCAUCAUUUCUUUCCGGAUGCGUUUGAUUUCAAUAGUUUAUCGUCAAGUAAUCGUAAAGAAAACUUUGAACUUGCUUUUCGUGUCGCUGAAGAACGUGCCGGUGUGCCUCAAUUGCUCGACGUUUCGGAUAUGCUCAUUAUGGGUAAUACACCUGACUACAAAUGUAUAUUCACAUAUCUCAAUUCAUUUCUGGCCAAAGUUAAGGAUUUACAUCCAACAGGCAAUGGUGUUAACCAUCAUUGA